CGUAAAUGUUCGGACUCGCUUUCUAUACGACUGUGGGGAUGGGACCUGGCCGCCCCUGAAAACGACCGCCGGUCAAAGAACCUUUAAAAUGGUUUGGAAAGCUGGGUGAUCUAUGGGUUUUUCGUGCACUUUUUGUUUUCCCAUCUAGUUGUCCCUUGCUACCCCCUCCGGCGAGACCAUAUUCAGAAAUCCUUCCCUAGCUCAUUAUGGAUCGUCGAGCUGUCUCUAUAGACCCCGAAUCACGUACAUUCGAGUUUAAGCCCUACAGAUACACGCCCUCUUUGGUUGCCGCCGUCGUUAGCGUCGUCGUCUUCGCAACUCUCACAGCCCUCCACACAUGGCGUGUGCAUAAAUUUCAAGCCUUUUACUUCGCAGCCUUCACAAUCGGUGGUCUCUUUCAAACGGUUGGCUAUGGCGGGAGGCUAUGGUCGCACUUUGAUCCAGAAGCUCUCGGUGGCUUCAUAAUUCAAGAAAUUCUUAUCCUCGUUGCGCCAGCUCUCUACGCUGCUUCCAUCUAUAUGGUCCUCGGUCGCCUCCUCCGGUCCCUCCGGGCCGAGCACCACUCCUUCAUUCCCGUCAAGUGGAUGACCAAGAUCUUCGUCAUUGGCGAUAUUGUCUCUUUCACUUUACAAGCCGGUGGCGGUGGCAUCCAGUCGGCUGGAUCGCUCAAACUAUACGAAAUAGGCGAGAAGGUCAUCAUCGUUGGCCUGUUUGUGCAAAUUGCCGUUUUCGGUUUCUUUAUGGUCACCUCUCUGAUCUGCCACGGUAGACUCGCCGGUGCGCUGGCUCCUGCCGCGGAUCAGGAGAUUAUACCGUGGAGACGCCAUCUUUAUGUCCUUUAUACCACAAGCAUCAUCAUUCUUAUCCGAAGCGUCUUCCGCGUCAUUGAAUACGUUCAGGGCAAUGGCGGGUACCUCAUCUCUCACGAGAUCUUCCUCUACAUCUUCGACGCUUGUUUAAUGGCAGCUGUCAUGCUCAUAUUUUUCGUUUGGUACAUUGGGGAUCUCGAGCCCAAGGAGACUCACAAGAGGCGGUUGACCGUGGAGUCUGACAUUGGUUUGACAGGAUUGGAUCAGGUCGAACUGAAUGGUGUUCGGAUAUGACGGAAUGGGCCACAUUACAAUACUUUUUUUCUUAUUUUGUAUGAACUAUAUAUUUGGUUUAAAGGCUGGGGCCGUUGGCUGUGGCGAGGACAUGGGCAAGCUAGGUUUACCGCAGAAUGAACCACGGCAUUGGGGUGAUAGUAUGUCGUUGAUCUCGACACGACUGGUGCAGAAUAGAAUAAUGUGGCGGAAUAUCUCGAAUCUAGUUCAUCUUAAGCUCGUGUUAGGACGAGGUGCCUUUUAGCCAUCGUCGGAGAGUUGUCCGGGGCACUUGUAGAGGUCAGCGAUUAAUUUGAUACUUAGAUUUGGG